GAUAACCUAGGGACACAGGUGCUCAUACAGUCAACGAGUGAUAGCUUUAGGGAAUUAAUGUGCAUUUGAAAAAUAAAUAUGGGAAAAUCAAUCACUGUGCUUCACUGGCUUUUGCUCACCAUAGGACAAGUUGCGGCUCAAGCAGAUAAGGUAGAGAAUGCUUUCCCAAACUGGCUUACGGGAAUCAUCGCUGUUGCAGUCUUCCUCUUCCUCCUCUUCGUCACCUUCCUCGUAAACAAAGCCUGGUGUGCAACUCAAAGCAAACCAGAAGCAGUGAUGCCCAAUGAAUACACCAUGACUAAUGGAUCACCAACCUAUGAAAAUAUGCUUGCUGCAGUCAGGAGAAGUGAAUGCACUCAAGUGUCCGAAAACAUCAUUGUUCACCAAACGGAUGAAAACAUAACUGUCAUGUAACUUUAAGGGAACAUCUACACUACAAUCAGCUGAAUCAGCGCCCCAUAUUAACUCUGAUUGCUGCUGUGCCUGUUGAAUGUACGGUAUCAUUUGAAUUGCUUAACUUGUACCAAAGGUUUGCACUGUUUUCUUUUUUGUAGACUAACUUUAACUUUAAACAUUCAUUGUAGUUGAUGUAGAAGCCAUUUAUUGUACUGUUUGUUGUAUCGUUGUACUUUAUGCAUAUUAACAUAAUAUCAGACACACUGUUUCAGAAAUUUGCUAUCAAGGCUCUAUACAAUAUUAACAACAAUAAUAAAAACAAUAUAAGCUAAUAAGCUAAUGCAGACAUGGCUUGUAUUGGAUUUUUUCCCCCUGAAAUAUUUUUCUAAAAAUCUUCGUUUGUGGUCUGCAGAAGUAAGAAAGUCAUACACAUCUGGGAUGCAUGAGGGUGAGGAAAUGAUGAGAGAAAUUUCAUUUUUGGGUGAACUGUCCCUUUAAAUAAUUCUAAAAAUAUAUUUUUACCACUAAAUAAAAACAAAGAUUCACUUAACAAUGUACUUUCUAUAAAAUGUCAUUUAACAUACAAAUACAGUGGGGUCCAAAUGUAGAAAAGCUCACAAACCAUAA